AUGUCGCCGCUUCCGGAACAAGGCACCCCGGCACUCACGGAGAUGGAUCGGAGGGGGGACGUCGUCUUCGUCGUCGGGUCCGCCGGCGACGACACACCGGCCCGGAGCUUCCGCGUGUGUUCCCGGACCAUGGCCCGCGUGUCGCCCGUGUUCGACCGGAUGCUAUUCGGUCAUUUUGCGGAAUCCAAGUCGGCGGUCGCCGCCGCAGCCGCCGACGCCGUCAACGCCGCCAACUCCACGGAUCUCCUCUCGUUUCCCGGGACACCCGCCGCCGCCGCCGCCCCGACGGCCAAGGAGUGGACUGUCCACCUGCGCGACGACCGGCCCGAGGCGUUCGACCUCUUCGCGGGCAUCGCGCACGGCCAGUACCGGCGGGUGCCGCGCAGCCUGUCGGUGGACCGGCUGUACGAGCUGACGGUGCUGACGCACUACUACGACGCGACGCCGGCGCUGACGCCGUGGCUGCAGGGGUGGGUGGCGGGCGUCGGGGAGGGCAGCCACAACGCCGAGAUGAGCAGCGGCCACGUCGCGGGGCGGGACGGGGAGCUGGUGAUGCCCAAGGUGCUGUGGAUCGCGUGGGAGCUGGGGCACAAGCAGCUGUUCGAGGGGACGGCGCGGAGGUUGGUGAUGGAGAGCUGCGGGAGCCUGUUUGGGGAGGAGAGCGGGCUCGGGGAGCUGAGCAUGCCGCCGGAUGUCAUUGAACGCGUGGCGGCCAUCCGCAUCGAGACGAUCCGGUCCAUCAUGGACGUGUUCCGCGACCUGGUGUCGAAGCUGGUGCUUGUCGACGAGGGGCCGCGGUGGUGCCGGCACGCGUCGUACAUGGGGCCGCACCGGUGCGAGAGCAUGAUCCUGGGGAGCCUGACGUUCUGCCUGACGCGGGCGGGGCUCUGGCCGGUGCCGGCGGCCGAGGACGUCGAGGAGAGCGUGCUGACGCUGUACUCGACGCUGAUGAACCUCGUGAUCCACGACAUCGGGCGGCCGUCGGUGGACGGUAGGGGUGGCGGCGGCUCGUCGUCGUCGGGGGUGGUGGUGGACCACGCCGAGUGUAACCCGCGCGGGUUCCUGAUGGAGCGGAUCAAGAACAUCCUGGCCGAGGUGGGGAGUCCCGUGUCCGAGGGCCACCGGAAGCAUCUGGACCGGCAGAUUCAGAGACUGCUUGUUUGA